CUUUCACGCGGAGUUGUGUAGGAGAAGCCCUAAACCUCUCGCUUAGGGGGUUGUUGGACGACUUCUGAUCUUAUAUAUAUCAUCUUUUAGCAAGUGAUCGAAUAUCUAAUUCAGAUCAUUCGCCUUCCCAGCUAGUCUUUGAGCUGGAAAAAUUAUGGCAAAGAGAAGAGAGGAAUUGUUUCUGAAGAACGGAAGCCUGUUAUUAGAGAAGCUGCUUUGCUCUUUCAAUGGCAAGUCCAAUCCCAUCCGUUACUUCUCUGACAAAGAGCUCCAGAAGGCCACAAACAAUUACAGUAGUGCUCUUGAUCUUCAUGACUCAGGCUAUUACAAAUGCUACAAGGGUUCUGUAGACGACCGACUGAUUUGUGUUAGGAAGUUUGAUCCAAACUACAGAUACCCUUUUGAAGGUCCUCUUGAAAGGAUCAUCAAUGAAAUUGCCAUUGCAACACAGAUGAGUGCUCACAAGAAUGUCUUGAAGUUAUUAGGAUGUUGUUUGGAGACUCAACUUCCCACUCUAGUUUAUGAAUUUCCAAUGGAUGGAAGUCUCUCCCACCUAUCUCCUAAUCCAAACAGAAGAAUACAGAGCCAGCCUUUACUGUUGAAGAGUAGAUUAAGGAUUGCAUGGGAAAUUGCAAAUGUAGCUGCAUAUCUCCAUACUGCAUUUCCCAGGCCCUUCAUUCAUAGGGAUAUUAGACUCGCUAAUUUCUUUCUGGACCAAGAUUGUGCUCCCAAACUGUUCAAUUUCUUUUUCUGUAUACCAAUUCCGGAGGGGGAAACACACGCAACCGAUGAGGUCAUGGGGAUUACGGGAAACAUAGCACCCGAGUCUCUUUCAACAGGCAAGUUCACAGAGAAGAAUGAUGUCUUUAGCUUUGGCACACUUCUGUUGGAGCUUUUAACUGGACAGAGGGGUUAUGAUCUAAGCCAGGAUGAGACAGCUCUUCUACUAAACUGUGGGGAUGGAGGCGUGGAUCCUACAAUUCCAAUAGAGGGAGAAGGGAUCCUUGAGCAGCAAGUAUAUAAACUUUUUCUCAGAUGCGGCAGCUUAACUGCAGAGGAGAGGCCAACCAUGGUGGAUGUUUCAAAAGAACUUCGACAAAUUCUGAGCUUACACCAGACACAGCAUGAAGGAAACACAGAAGAAAAAAUGUAGGAAAAUCUUGAAGGUUGGGUAGUGAGGAUGACCUCCGUUCCAAGUCAGCUUCGGGAAUGUCCUUACCUGCACACCUGCAACAACAACCAUGGCAAAGAGCUAGGAGAUUGCCACAUUGGUAUUUGCUUGCUGAGAAAAUGAGAGAAAAUAGGUUGUGAGAUGGAGCAGUAAUGCUAAUAUAACUGGGUGGGGUGAUCCAUAUAAGCAGUGGGAGGCCAUGUCCAUUCUGCUAGCAUGAAUCAUGGUGGAGAAACUCAUAAUCUCACACAACAGUCCUCCAAUUUUUCCUCUGCAGGUUUUGAACUAGAAAAUUAUGUAGCUAUCCUUCUUGAGCAGCUUUUGCAUUGGGUGGUACCAUGCGUGUUGGCAAAGAAUGAAUGAAACCAUGAGAAUUAUGGGCA